GCAAAUGGAAUAUAUACAAUAGCAAAGCUGAUUUUACCAAAGAAAGAAAGGAAUGCUGAAAAGGCUAGUUUAUUACAGUGUUAUGCUUUCAGAGCCCUGAGAUUUCUCUUCAGUAUGGAAAGAAAUCGACACAUCUUUAAAAGACUUUUCCCUACUGACUUGUUUGAAAUCUUCAUUGAUAUUGGACAUUAUGUGCGUGAUAUCAGUGCUUAUGAAGAGUUGGUAUCAAAGCUAAAUUUAUUAAAGGAGGAUGAAUUGAAGCAAAUUGCUGAAAGUAUUGAGAGCUUGAAUCAGAAUAAGGCACCUACAAAACACAUAGGCAGUUACGCCAUUUUAGAACACCUUGGCAGUGGAGCUUUUGGAAGUGUAUAUAAGGUUAGGAAACAUAAUGGACAAAACCUUCUGGCAAUGAAGGAAGUCAAUUUACACAAUCCAGCAUUUGGAAAGGACAAAAAAGACAGGGACAGCAGUGUAAAGAACAUUGUCUCUGAAUUAACCAUCAUCAAAGAGCAGCUUUAUCAUCCAAAUGUUGUCCGGUAUUAUAGAACCUUCCUGGAAAAUGACAGAUUGUACAUAGUCAUGGAGCUCAUAGAAGGAGUGCCUUUGGGACAACACUUCCACUCAUUGAAGGAAAAGCAUCAACAGUUUACAGAAGAAAGAAUAUGGCAUAUAUUUAUCCAACUGUGUCUAGCUCUUCGUUAUUUGCAUAAAGAGAAAAGGAUUGUUCAUCGAGACCUCACUCCGAACAACGUCAUGCUGGGGGAUAAAGACAAAGUUACAAUUACUGACUUUGGGCUUGCAAAGCAAAAGCAAGAAAACAGCAAACUGGCAUCAGUAGUGGGAACCAUUCUAUACUCGUGCCCCGAAGUUGUAAAGAGUGAGCCGUAUGGAGAGAAGGCUGAUGUCUGGGCUGCAGGAUGCAUCCUUUAUCAGAUGGCAACUCUGAACCCACCGUUUUACAGCAGCAAUAUGCUCUCCUUGGCAACUAAGAUAGUAGGGGCUCUAUAUGAACCUGUGCCGGAAGGACUGUAUUCUGAAAAAGUGUCAUUUACCAUUAAGAGAUGCUUGACUCCUGAUGCAGAAGCACGUCCAGACAUAGUGGAGGUCAGCUCACUGCUGUCCGAUGUGAUGAUGAAAUACUUGGAUGUUUUAUCUACCUCUCAUCUCAUAUUGGAGAAGAAACUGGAUCAGGAGAGGAGACGAACCCAGAGGUACUUCCUGGAGGCUAAUCGAAGUGCAGUAACCUGUCAGCAUCAGCUUUCCCUUUUAUCACAAAAAAACUACAAGAAGUUGAGUCUUCACAGCAGCAAUGGAGCAGCCAGUUGCAAAAGUGAAUUUUCGGAAAAUAUUGACCUUCCAGCUAAAAGUUGUCAAUCUGCAUGUGGAAAAGAUGAAGAAAGAACAUAUGAAGAGGUCCUGGUAGAGGAUCACAGCACUUUAGAAAACUCCGAGAAAGAUACAUUCUCUGAAUUAGACAGUGAGCUGGAUGUAUUGGACAACUCGAGUGGCUCCAGUUCAAGUCAUUGGAAAGAGUCUGCUGUUG